CCGCUAUAGGCAAACAGAGCUGUGCGCCUGCGCACCAUACCGAGCAACACACAGGCAGCAGAGAAACCGAGGGAUCAUUUGUGCGCAUUUUUAGGACGAAAAGAGAUAAAUCACCCUAACCAGACUCGUAGGAAUCAUGGGGAGUGUGUUCCUGCCGGCGGACGCGGCCCACUCGGUGCUGCACCGGCUGCGCAGGGCCAACUUCUUGCUGGAGGAGAUGAAGCAGGGUAACAUCCAGAGGGAGUGUCGCGAGGAGAUCUGCACUUAUGAGGAGGCCCGUGAGGCUUUUGAGAACGACGAGAAGACGAGACGGUUCUGGGAGGAGUAUGUGCGGGAGAGCAGUCCAUCUGGAGGGCUGGAGACAGUGGUUGGAGGAGUCCACUCUCUCUACUUGAUCGUGCCAUUGCUGCUGGUUGUGCUCAUCAUUGUCGCCGUCGCCAUUACUGUGUGGCGCUGCCACUCCCGCAAGCGCUCGCAGCGCAGCCCCAGCCUGGGACACUCGCAUAACGACCACGUCCUGUCAGUGGUCUCUAUGGACCAUUGGGGGAGGGACUCAGAACUCAGCGUCCACAGCAGCCCAGCUUAUCCAGGCUCAGAGCUCACAUCAGGAAGAGGAAGUGGUGGAGACCCGCCGCCAUCUUAUGAAGAGGCUGUGGGCCAUGCAGACGUCCAAAUAGAGACGGAGCCACCUCCACAGUAUGAGGAUAUAGUCAACACUAGCUCUACUAGUGGUACUAGCGGUGGCCAUGGGAAGUAAACCUGUCUCUCACUACUACCCCAACAAAAGCCCUAACCUACACUAAGACCAUCUGAUCAUUUAGCAGUAUCACUGUUGUGGUAUCACCAGCCUUCCCCAUUCAACACAUUCAGAAAGACUAUUAACUGUCUGGUCAAUGGACUAAUGCAAUCUUUGCCUGAGCCAGCGCUGUUCAAAUUUGCACUAACCUUUUCAUCAUUGAGGUGAAGUGAUAGCAGGAAGGAUAUUGCAAUACCAAAACCAACCAACCUCUGCUGAUUUUCCUCAAGUUGCAUCUAUGCUGUCACACUGUAGCAAAUCAUUUAACUAAGCGGGCAUAACAAAUGUUGCAUGUGGAGGAAAGAAAAGGGUUCUGAUUGCCAUAAUGGACCACAACUAUUCCAAAAGUCUAUAUGGGGCCUGAAUCGAUGCUUUAUUGUAGUUUAGUGCCACAUUUUUUAGGCUUAAGUGGCCAAUAGCAGAUAUUUAACUUUUAAUACCUUUAAAUUUGACCUCUUUGUUGUCAAAAAAUAAGAAUUGUGUAUAUUGCAUACUUUUACAAAAUGUUGCUUUGCAAGACUUGGAAACAGCAUUUAGACCACAAAACAACAAUUCCAGUGAAACCCAGACAAAUUAAAAUUGCAUUAAGAAAUCAAGCUUAUAAUUUCUUGUCUAAUCUUGAGAUGGGGGGAUGAUACCGAAGAUCGUUUCACUCCCGUGAGGAGCACCGUUUUAAUACAGUGUAACUGAGAUUGUGUCAAUACAAGAACACCACUUGACUGGUGACUGUCUGCAGCUUUAAACAUCACUGGUGCUUCAGAAAGUGAAGCGGCUAAACUAUAUUACUACACUACGACAAGAGGAGAAUAACUGAGAAAUGUGGCAAUGUACACUAGAAAGCCAUAAUCGAUAGUAUGAUAACAUUUUCAUCUGAUACCAAGUAAUAAUGUUAUAAAAGUAAUAGACUAAUUUAAUGAAUAUUCUCCAAUCACAUAACAUUGCGACUCAUAUAAAAUAACACACAUUUGAGACUAAAACUAUUAAAAUCAGAGAGGUGUUAAGUACUGCUUUGGCUUGUCUUGAAGGGCUGCUGUAAGUUUUACAAGCUACCAGAUGUCACUGUGUUUGCUGUGUUUGAAGCCCUAAAGCUUCAAAUGUUUUUCAGCACAAAUAGAAAGAAAGCCCCAAAGCAUCAUAAGGCUUUAUUGGCCCAUCCCUAGUCUAACCUGUAAGCAAACAAUUAUGUAGUCCAAUAUUAACUUGUUAGCUCUGCUUGGUCGACCGACUCCUGAGGGAAAUAUCUAGGUCAUUAGUUUGCUAAAUACAAAAAAUGUCUUCAGACAUUCAUUUACGUUUUGCAAUUUCGUUCUGGGCAAGUAGUUGUGAUUUGCUUGUCUGGGCUUGUUAACUGUAAAUGAUCUCUGAAAAUAAUCCGUUAUUGCAGGUUUAAAUAGUAAAGUUGCCAAACAAAUGCAUCGGUCCAGCUUCAGUAUACACUUGUGAAUGUUUUUGGAAUUUAAAAUUCAAGAUAAGACCAGCAGUUAUAAAGGGGGAGCGCUGAAAUGUGUUUUGUGUAUGUGUGCCAUAUGUGCUUAUAUUUUGGUAAUGCAUGCAGUUUGGUCUGUACACCUGAGGUUGGAUCUGGCUAUGCACUUUUUGUUGAGGGUCAGUGCUUGCUUGCCCAUGUCCUUUUCUGGGCUGUUGACAGUUGCUCAGAGCCUGCUUUAACUGUGAAAAUCUUCCCCUACUUUUUCCCCUAAAGCAAAUCUAACUGUGUUAGAUAUGACUACAGAGUCUUCUGCUGCGCCACUUUCCCAAAAGCACACCGAGUGUUCUUCAAAUAGGUUUGCAGCUACACCAUAAAUGUAAGUUGUAGAGUGACUUGCACAGGAAUGUGGGACAGAAAGCAAUAGAAAGACAAGUUUUGGGAAAAGAGGUAUCAGAAGGGAGGUUCUGUAUUUAACAACACUAUGGACAGAGUUCACGUUUAGCAUGUGUAAUGUACCUGAAUAUAAAUAUGUAUAGUCUGUACGUGUGAAAGUAAGUUACAUUGAUAUUGGUUUUUACUGCAUAGGAAUGCAGUGAAUGCAUUGACACUAGGUAACUAUUAUACAGUAUGCCGUGGAUAAAUGAAGGCCCUUUGUGUUUAAGCUCAAACGGGGAUGUUUGAUUAAAAUCAGGAUAGUCUGGUUUGAUGCUCUCAGCCGUUACAAUGUCACUGUAACACUUGGGGAGUGCUCAUACUAUAUAUGGAGUGUUUCUGCAUACACUCUCAAAACCAAAUAUCUCUGUCUAAUGUUCACGGAUACUGAUACAUGUCACAUUUCCUGUCUACACCUCACAGACUUUGAGCACUGAUUAUUAUUCUACAUUUUUUGUGAGUUGACCUGUGAACCUCCGCACUUGCUAUGACCUUAAACUGAGUUGUGCUGGUGGGGCUAGCCAUUUUGGUUAGGUCACUUGUACUCUUACUUGUUUUUUUUUUGUUUUUUACAAUGCCUUAUCAAACAAACAAAAUGUUAUAUAACAUUAAAUGCAAAAUAACUUGUAAUAAAUCCUUCAUAUGUGCAGAAGCUUGAAUUAAUUUGUAAUAAAACAAAAAAUGUGC